AUGGCGGGAGGAAUAAUAUCAUCCCUCCUAGGGUUUCUCCUCCUUGGGCAUUGCACCGCCGCAUCAUCGCACCGCUCCAAUGCUAACCACCACUACGACAACGUAAAACGCGACAGUCUUCCAACAAACUAUACAACACCGGAUUACUAUCCUACUCCAAAUGGCGGCUGGGACUCCAGCUGGUCGGCUGCGUACGCAAAAGCGCAACAGGUUGUCAGCAACAUGACACUGGCCGAGAAAGUCAACAUCACUUCUGGUACAGGCUACUUUAUGGGACCAUGCGUAGGCCAAACGGGUAGCGCUUUACGAUUCGGAAUUCCGCAAAUAUGCCUUCAGGACGGACCACUGGGCAUCCGAAAUACAGACCACAACACAGCCUUUCCGGCAGGCGUAACGACCGGCGCAACAUGGGAUAAAGAUUUGAUGUACGCUCGAGGCGUCGCUUUAGGCGAGGAAGCGCGCGGUAAAGGAAUUAAUGUCCAAAUGGGCCCCGUCGUUGGCCCUAUUGGUCGCAAGCCCAGAGGUGGUAGGAACUGGGAAGGAUUUGGAGCUGAUCCGUCAUUGCAAGCGAUUGCUGGUGCGCAGACGAUUCAGGGUAUGCAGAGUACCGGGGUGAUUGCGACGCUCAAACAUUAUAUAUUGAAUGAGCAGGAAAUGUAUCGGAUGACGACUAUUCUGCAAACGGGUUACUCAUCGGACAUUGAUGAUCGGUCAUUGCAUGAGAUUUAUCUCUGGCCGUUUGCUGAAGGUGUGAGAGCUGGUGUGGGUUCGAUUAUGGCCGCGUAUAACCAUGUGAAUGGAUCAUUAUGUACACAAAACAGCCAGCUCCUCAACGGCAUUCUGAAAGACGAACUCGGCUUCCAGGGGUUUGUCGUAUCUGACUGGUACGCUCAAUUCGGCGGUGUCUCAUCGGCAUUGGCUGGAUUGGAUAUGGCUAUGCCAGGAGACGGCACAGUUCCACUCUUAGGAGAUAGUUAUUGGAAUUCAGAGCUGUCAAGAGCAAUUCUGAAUGGCACUGUGCCACUUGAAAGAUUGAAUGAUAUGGUCACACGAAUCGUAGCAACAUGGUUCCAAAUGGGCCAAGAUAAGGAUUUCCCAUUACCAAACUUCUCAACAAAUACACAAGAUGCUACAGGUCCCUUGUACCCCGGCGCUCUCUUCUCCCCAUCUGGUGUCGUCAAUCAAUUCGUCAACGUACAAGGAAACCACAGCAUCGUCGCCCGAGAAGUCGCUCGUGAUGCCAUCACUUUAUUGAAGAACACAAACCAGACGCUACCUCUUAGUACCAGUGCCUCGUUGGUUGUGUUCGGCACAGAUGCAGGUCCAAACACCAAUGGUUUGAACUCUUGCUCCGACAUGGGCUGCGAUAAUGGUAUAUUGACAAUGGGUUGGGGAAGUGGAAGUGCCAGACUGCCCUAUGUCGUUACGCCGCAACAGGCGAUUCAAAACAUCUCAUCAAAUGCUCAGUUCCAUCUUUCCGAUACUUUCCCAUCUGUUACCGCAUCGGCUAGUGAUAUUGCAAUUGUGUUCAUCAAUGCGAAUUCGGGUGAGAAUUAUAUCACCGUUGAAAGCAAUCCCGGUGACAGGACGGCUGCUGGCCUCAAUGCCUGGCAUGGCGGUGACGAUCUGGUGGUCAAGGUGGCCGCUAAAUACAGCACAGUCAUUGUCGUUGUCCACACGGUUGGCCCGAUCCUGAUGGAAAAAUGGAUUGAUCUACCCUCUGUCAAGGCGGUCCUCGUUGCGCAUCUGCCAGGGCAAGAGGCAGGAAAUUCUCUAACAGAUGUGCUCUUCGGCGAUUACAGUCCUAGCGGCCAUUUGCCAUACACUAUUCCUCAUAACGAAUCUGAGUAUCCGGCAAGCGUCGGCCUCAUCGACAAAUGGUUCGGCCAAAUCCAAGACCAGUUCACGGAGCGUAUUUAUAUCGAUUAUCGACACUUCUUGCAGGCUGGUAUUACUCCAAGAUUCCCAUUCGGAUAUGGUCUAUCAUACACAACUUUCAAAUUCUCCGAUGCAACACUUACAACGGGUACUUCGUUGACUCAAUACCCUCCCGCUAGGCCAACAAAGGGUCCCACGCCAACGUAUGCAACAACCAUUCCACCAGCAUCGGAAGUUGCAUGGCCAGCUGGCUUUAAUCGUAUUUGGCGGUAUUUGUACCCCUAUCUCGAUAAUCCAACGGCAGCUACCUCGAUGGCUCGAUACCCCUAUCCAACAGGUUAUAAAACAACGCCACAACCGGCACCGCGUGCCGGUGGAGCACAGGGAGGUAACCCGGCCCUUUGGGAUACUGCCUUCACGGUCAGUGUGAAGGUUACCAAUACCGGAGCAAAACCUGGUCGCGCUGUAGCGCAGUUGUACGUCGAGUUGCCCGCAGAUACUCUAGGCGUAGAUCUUCCUCCGAGACAGUUGCGACAAUUUGAGAAGACGGCAAUAUUGGCGCCUGGUGAGUCGGUAACGUUAUCGUUGCCGGUGACCAGGAAGGACCUAAGUGUGUGGGAUGUUGUUGUGCAGGAUUGGAAAGCACCGGUUAAUGGAGAAGGGGUAAAAUUCUGGAUUGGAGAGAGUGUGGCAAUGGAGGAUAUGCAGAUAGUCUGUACUGUUGGUCAGGGAUGCGACAGUGCCUCAAACUAG